CAGCGCGCCCAGCUCCGGGCCCAUUUCUCAGCGCCUGCCGCCGGUUGGAUGCUGCUCCAGUGAGUUAGUCAGGUUUGCGACCCACUUGCGCCCCCCAUUACGUUCAUUCGCAUGACUAGCUGGUGGUGUUUUCCCUCCAUAAAAGUGUAGCGAUAUCUGUGGAAACUGGGUACACAUAGAUACUCCAGCUCUUUAAAAUGGACUCGGAUAUACUGAAGAUAGAGGAAAUAGUGAUGGGAGGUGGAGAAACUGCUGCUCCCGCUGAUCUGAAUCCUGAGAAGGCUGAGCAGCCGUACACCACGAUCAUCAUUCAGGAUCCUCCGCCACCCCCCAUCAUUCAGUCAUACCAGCAUGAGAGCCUGCAGUGUUUCCAGUGUUUCAUCACCUUCUGUAACUCCAAAGCCAAGGAAAGGCAUAUGAAGAAGAGUCAUCGUGAGGAAUACAAACAGCAGUUGCAGCAGUGCGACACACUGUUCACCUGUUAUGUGUGUGACCGCACUUUCCCGUCCUCUGAGGAACUAACACAGCAUCAGUCCACCCACAACAAGGAAGACAAGCCGUUCAAAUGUGCGCAUUGCCAAGAAAGCUUCCGCACAUUCUCUGAGUUGACAACACACAGACGGCAGGUAUGUCCUGAGCGUCAGUUUGGGUGCAAAGAAUGCGGUGAGACAUUUCGAAGUCCAGCACUUCUGCGUAGCCACCGUUUGGCCCAACACCCGGCACGUCAGGAGGCAGAGGAUGCAGAUGAUCCUACUAAGACCCACCGAUGUGGCAAAUGUGGCAGGGGCUUUGAGGAGGAGGCUGAGCUGCUGCAGCACCAGGAAAACCACGCAGGCAACCAGCACUGCAACGGCAGCACCCCAGUUAAGAGGCGUGGGAGGCCUCCCAAAGCUGAACCGGCGGUGGUUGUAGAGAAAAAGCAAAAGCGAAGCAAGAAGGAAGAAACCGAGGCAGCGGAGGAGCCAGGGGUGAGCAACCACUCCGAGGAUGUCUCGACGUCACCAGCCACAGCCGAGGCAAAAGCCAAGACUGGGGCCAGGCGAGGGCGACCACCGAAAUCCACACAAGAGCCCAAGGAUGAGGAGGAUAAAGCAGAGAGCAAGAAAAUGAAGGCCGCUCCUCCACCCGCUCGCGAGAUCCCGUGCCCAGAAUGUGACCUCACUUUUCCAGCGCUGGCACAGCUGCGGGCACAUAAGAAAGAGAAGCACACCCAGCGGAAGCCUCAUCCCUGCAGCGAGUGCGAGGAGAGUUUCAACCGUCCCGAGCAGCUGGAAGCCCACAUGACCCGAGCCCACACAGCCGGCCGAUACGCCUGUCCAACGUGCGGCAAGAGCUUUGGCAGAGAGAGCAACCUAAAGGCUCACCAACAGAGCCAUGGCAAAGAGGAAGAGAAGCCAGCUGGUCGUGGAAAAAGAUAAUUCAGCAUAGAAGAGGAAUAAAGUUCUGUAAAGGGUUUAGGGUUUCAAGAUUUUUUAUGUUGGUUUAAUGGAACAACUGAGAAAAAAAAAGUGGGGUCAGAUUUUGGUUUGCAAGAUUGAAACAUGCCUCAGAUUAAGUGGGUGAGACUUUUUCAACACUAGCGUUUGUGUGGAAACUGGAAGCCCUAAAAGCCCCUUUGUGUGGCUUCUUCAUUUCAUUUUGAUAUGUUAAUAGCUGUGGCACGGUAUGUGUUUCCAGCCACAAUUGAAAUGUAUAGGAUAAUCCAACCCAUGGAUCACACACAUCAGUAUCUUAGGGGAACUGGGGGGGAAAAAAGCCCACCUUCAGUAAAAAGCUUUGUAUUGGCUUUUAUUUGAACAUUUUAAUGUCUUUUUUUAUGAAUAUCACAAGUGAGUUAUUGUUUUUACAUUAUUUUUUAGAAGUGUGUGCGUGUGUGUGAUGCCAGGUGGAAACAUACCUGAAUAGAACUAGUGUUUUCUGAUGAUGAGCAUCCACCUUAUUGAUUAGAAAAUGUUUUAAUUUUCUGUAGUACCACAAGGCGUUGCUUUUAAGUGUCUUUGUCAACCGCGACUAAUUCUCAUCUGUAUAAUAACAGAAAAUAUGGAAAUAAUUGCCCCCAAACUAGAUCUGUUUGUAUUAUACGGUUCCUAAUCAUGAUUGAUUGGUUAAAGGAUGUAAAUUACUGCCUGUUGCUACUGAGAUGCUUAACUGAAAGUAAUCUUUUUCUAUCCAUUUGUUUGGAGACAAUGACUUGAUAACAAAUUUGUAUGAGCUCACUUUAAAUUAUGGAGAUACCAAGUAUGUUUUUGGACCUUUAUUUCUUUGUAUUGCUAUAAUAAUUUGAUGGGUAUUGCUGAAUGUACUCUGUGAAAACCUUAUUGCUGGUCUAGGUGUUACACCGUUUAAAAACACAGCUAUUUUAGUUGGAUGCUAUAACUUUCUGCAUAACACUUAUGUAGGCCCACUGGGCUUUUCGCAGAGACCUUAGUACCGGUCAGUUUAUCAUAGUAGUAUGAAAGAAUUUUUUUAAAGAAAGAAAGUUUGUGCUUUUGAUUUUUUUUUUUUUUUUUUUUUUUUUUUUUUUUUUUUGCCUCGAUGCAUCAAAAGGUGCUUUACCCUGAGAGUUGGCUCAGUUUUGUCUCAUCUUUUCUAGAUGCAGUUUUACACUGUUAAUAACGCAGAUCAUUCUGACUUCUGUAAUUUAGUUUAAUACAGUUAUCAGCCCAUUAUGAUUUUAUUUUUGUUAGUAAUGCACAGACAACUGGGCCCUUGGGGUUGGGUUGGGGGGGUAUUCUACUGUGUCUUUGCUUCUCCUAUGUAAUUUGUCCCAUGUUGGCUAAACUGUUUAAAAUUAAAGGAACCCGCCUUAAGGGGCUGCUACGGAA